CCAGCGCGGGCCGGCACCGGGAGAGGACGAGCGAGAGACGCGCAGGGCGGAGAGAGAGACGGCGAACACAGCGGGAGACCAUAGUUCCGGAAGGAUGAGAGCGGACGUGACAGUUCUCCUGGUGACCCUGGUGGGCGUGGCCUCGGCGAACCCGAAGCCCCUGUCGGCGCUGCACAAGAGAGAAGCGCCUGCGCCGCACAGUCCAGCGGCUCUCGAGGACCAGGUGUUGGUCCGAGAAAAACGUCAAGAGGAGCCAGCAACAAACCCAGAUGAGGCCGCGGCCCCAGACGCACCGGCGCCCCCUGACCCUGCGGCCCCCGCGGAACCCUUGGUCCCAGGUGAAACUUUGGCCCCAGAGGAAACUGUGAACCCUGAAGACCCCGCAGUUCCAGAAGAGCCCACUGCCCCAGAGGAACCCGCGGUCCCAGCCGAUCCCACUGUCCCAGAGGAACCCGCGGUUCCAGAUGAACCCCCUCCCCCAGAGCAACCCGCGGUUCCAGCCAAUCCCACUACCCCAGAGGAACCCGCGGUUCCAGAUGAACCCAUUGUCCCAGAUGAAUCAAUUGUCCCAGAGCAACCCGCGGUUCCAAGUGAACCCAUUGUCCCAGAGCAACCCGCGGUUCCAAGUGAACCCAAUGUCCCAGAGCAACCCGCGGUUCCAGAAGAUCCAGCGGCCCCCGCUGAGCCCUCGGCGCCAGAAAAGCCCGUAACCCCGGACGAACCAGUAAUUCCAGACACAUCUUUGGUGCCAGAUGAAACCACCGGCCCGGAAGCCCAAGCGCCGGCCGAGGACCGCCAGCAACCCGAAGCCCCACCGUCGCCGGCGCCCGGCCCCCCUGAGGACCCCGCCGUGCCCGAGCAGCCAAUAACGCCCAAAGAACCCGCUGAGCCCGCAGCCAAAGAGCCCCAGGAACCGCAGACGCCCGAGGAGCCUGCGCGGCCGACCCGCCCGCGGCCGCCGGCGCGCCCUCAGCGUCCGUCGAGGCCAGAGAGGCCCUCUCGCCCCCAGGGAGAGCAGACUGCCGAAGCAGACCUGUGUGAUUUCGGGUCGAGUCCUGAUGUGUCGCUCUGCGACUGGUCCAACCUGAACGUGACGCAGCUGCAGUGGCAGCCGUCGCAGGGGCAGAGCGCCUUCUGGCUGGGCGGCCCGCAGGAGGAUGUGUCCUACGGCGAUGAUCUGGGCGGGUACGCCGUGUUCGAGACGUCACAGGUCCCACAGAAGACGAUCGGCGGAAGCAACUUCGAGUCAGCGAUGUUGAUGUCGGCCAUCAGACCCACCACGGGGCCUAAGGGAAUGUGCGUCAAAUUUUGGUACUCGAUCGGCGGCCUGAGUCCCGACCGCCUUCGGGUGCUCCUCCACCCGAUGCCCGAGGACAUGGGCAAGGACGACAUGGACGAGAUGAUGAUGGGCUACGACGGCAGCGACGACGUGGUGCUGUGGGAGGCGCGCGACAUGACCCUGGGCGACUGGAAGGAGGGCCAGGUCGUCUACACCUUCGACCAGAGGCACUCGGUGAUCUUCGAGGGAAUCCCCGUGGACAGCAACGACCUGAGCAGGAGGUUCCGAGGCUUCAUCGCCAUUGACGAGCUCUCCUUCGCCGACUCGAGCGAGUGCGGCGCCUUCUGCACGUUCGAGGGCGGCAUCUGCGGCUGGACGCAGGACUCCAAGGACGACUUCGAAUGGACGCAGAGCCGCGGCAGCCUCAACCCCUCCACGGGGCCGCCGAGGGACCGCUCCUCCUUCGCCAACAACGGCAUGAUGGGAGGUUACGCCUUCAUCGACUCCAGCUACCCAAGGAGGCCGGGAGACAAGGCCCGACUCAUGAGCCAAGAGUUCCAGGGCACCAACCCGGACAGCCCCCUCUGCAUGCGCUUCUGGACGCACAUGUUCGGCAACGGCAUCGGCUCCCUACGCGUCAUCCUGUUCGACGUGAACACCGACGAAGACAAAGUUAUCUGGCAGAUCUCUGGUGAGGCUGGAAAUGCGUGGUACCAAGGCCAGGUACCCAUUGCCUCCCCAACGCCCUUCAAGAUCGUGUUCGAAGGCGUCGUGGGAGCCAACAACUUGGGAGACAUUGCUAUCGAUGACAUUUCCAUCAUCCAGGGCGCGUGUCCUAGCGCACCCCAAGUGGCGGCCGGAAAUAACGGGGACUGCACCUUCGAAGUGGACGAGUGCGGAUGGACGAACCCGGGCCCGAGGGAGCGCGCGGACGAGAUCGACUGGGUGCGGACGGUCGCCGCGGACAACCGGGCUCCGUCACGUGACCACACCAUCGGCACGGCGCAAGGGUUCUACAUGACUCUCCCGCGGGGGUCUGUGCAGCGCGGGGGCGACCGGGCCUGGUUCGUGUCGACCCCCAUCAAGGGCUCGGCGGACCCCAUGUGCAUCGCCUUCUGGUACUUCAUGUAUGAGCCAUUCAUCGACCCCUCCGGCCCCUCCCUCGGCUCCCUGAUGGUCUACCUCAGCUACGAGAAGGACGGGACCCUGUCUCUGGAGCCCGUGUGGACGCUCAAGAACCACCAGGGCCCCAACUGGAUGUACGGCCAGGCCAGAGUGCAGUACGAUGAAGACUUCUUGGUGGCGUUCGAGGGCACUUGGGGCAGCAGCCGAGGCAACGGCUUCAUGGCCCUCGAUGACAUAACGCUCUUCACCGGCGACUGCUCCACAAUGCCGGAGAAGGCCAUGACCUCGAAGGCCGACUGCGACUUCCAGCGCAACGCCUGCCAAUGGAAGAACUCGACCACUGACUCGGACUUCCGCUGGACCACCGCCUCCAUCUCGCGGCGCCCGGCCAACCUGCCCGACCACACCUUCGGGGGCCCGAUCGGCUACGCCUACUUCGACGUGUUCAACCAGGCCGCCCGCCCCCAGAGCCUCACCUUCACCUCGCCGCCCAUGGACAAGUCAGCCGACGGCACGCCCAUCUGCCUCACCUUCUGGUACGCCUACUUCGGUGCCAGCGAGAGCACGAAGCUCAAGAUCAGCAGGGAGGCUUACGACAAGAACGCCGAGGAAGAAGAAGAAGGAGGCGACGCUCAGGAGAUCUGGUCUCUGGAGGCAGCCAACAUCGGCACGCAGCGCCCCGAGUGGCAGUUCGGACAAGUGCAGGUCAACACAGACACCGACUUCCGCGUCAGCAUCAUAGGAAUGGCCAGCAACGGAGGCUUUGCCAUCGACGAUAUCAAGACUUACGGCGGAGGAUGCAAACUACGCCCUGAGGAAGCUGUUGCAAAUGGCGAGGAGACUGCGACCGAAUAAAGCUCAAGGAAAUACACAAAGAUUAGAUAUAUUAAAAACACAUAAAGUUGAUGAAAAAAGAAACUGCCUGGAAGUCUGCCGCGCAUGUUAGACGAUUCAGUGUUGUUUCUAUGAUAAAGAUUUAAUUAAGAAAUGGUAAAGAGGUUGUAUAUCAAAUUCUUUAUUAUUUCAUUUUUUUAUGAUAAGUAACUCUUUUCUUAGCCAUUAAUGAAAAUUUGUUUAGAACCGGUAACUAACUACCAAAGAAUGUUUGUUCUGUGGUGUAUUGUGCUUAAACUUUACAAUCACCUGAGAAACGACCGGUUUCGGUUGGACUGAUAUAAAAUUUCGUGAAGAAAAAUAUUUUGAAAAUUACUAUAUCCAUUCUUAACUGAUGUAAUGCCAUCUAUAAGUUUUAUCACUGGAAAAAGGUAAGGAAUAAAAUAAACAUUCCCUUCCCUCUUACCUACAUAAAAUAAUUAUCUUUGGUGCCGAGGGUAUGGUGAUGUCUGGGUACAAAUUAUCCUUAUUCUUAUACUCUUUACUUAUACUUGUGACUUUGAAUACUUGUCCCAUUAACAUUAAGUAAAGGAUUUUUUUCUCACUGUUUCAUAUCUAAUAUCUCGAGUGUUUCGAAUGAUUUUUGUGUGCAUUUAAUAGAGAAAUUUUAUUCAUUUUUUCACUUCAAGAGUUUUACUAAAAGAAAGAUACUUAUGGACACAAUGUUAUUUUUUAUGAAUAUAUUUACUUAGGAUGCAAUUUAGAUCUCGUUUUAUAGAUUUAUUCACGUUCUAUAAUUGUCUUUUUGCUAUAAUUAGAUUUAAGUAAGCAUGCAUCUUAAGUUGGAUAUUAGCGAGGACACAGUCAUCAGAUACAAAUUUACAUUUAUGAAUAUGAUUAACACACACACACAGGGUUAUCUUAAAUGUAAAGCACAAUUUAUAUGAAGGUAUUAACAGUUUUUGUCAUAUUCAUAUUACAAUCACUGGAAUAUACAUUUGCAUUUGCAAAUAGAAUUUCUCACAAAACUAUAACAUUGUAAUAUGAUUAUGACUUGAACGUUUUUUCUUUCAUGAUCUCUAACAAGUGCAUUAUACAAAACAUCGUCACAAAUAAAUGUUAAAAUAUACUUUGAAAAAAUAUUUCUCUGCUAGUUUUUUUACUCGCUGAUAUAGCAAUAACAGUGGUCCUGAAUAAGGACUUAUGCUGAAUUUUAAAACAUUAUAUAAAUGCUGAGUGUUUACUCGGAAAAGCAUACUAUGCCUUACAUGAAGUGCAACUUAGUAAAUAUUGUAUGAUAGUUGUAAUAGUUGUAAGUUGAUACGGCUGUAUUUGUCACCUGUGUACUACUGAAAAUAAUAUUCACUAGUCUAUACACAA